AUGGUUGAAGCCUUCCCGACCAACUUGAGCAGCGAAAUGCAUAACGAUGCUAUUGGAUCUUCCCCUGUUAUGACCCUGUAUGACGAGUUUUUCGGCGUGCUCUCCGCCAUCUCGCCGACGUUUGAACAUUCCACAGAGGACAUAUUAUUUAUCGAACUUCCUUCGAAAUUCCAUUCCACAAUUCUCGAUCUUAUUCGAUCAUCAAAGGACAAGCUUUACAUUUCGUCGCUUUAUAUUGGGUGUAGCGCCACUAAGGGCGAUGACUUGUCCAAACAAAUAAUCUCGGCAUUGAGGGAAAAGCUUGCUACCACUGAAAACGAAAAUUUUACUUUAAAGAUCCUAGUUGAUGACACGCGUUCUGCACGAGCAUUGGAUAACUCUACGGUCGUCUUGGAGGCAUUGAAGGACGACUUUCCGCAUCUUCAAGUAGAGGUGCACCCGAUUGUUGUGUCUGAAUCUUUCUUUUCGAGAUCGAUGGGCAGGUUCUUUAGAAAAUCGGAGGCUAUCUCCAGACUCCAGCAUAUGAAAUACAUUGUGUCCGAUGACAACGUUUUGCUAACCGGAGCUAACCUUUCGGAAGAAUAUUUCACCACCCGAAAAGAUAGGUAUGUUUUGAUAAAAAACGCCAAGCCCCUUGCAUCCUUUUAUUCACAACUUACCACCCUGGUGAUAGAAGCCACAUGCCAAAUGCCCCCGCCACGGAAGGAAAUCAGAGAUAAGUUUUUGGACCUGCUCCAGUUAAAGUCUUCCGAAAAUAAGCCUGCUUUUGAAACGCGUGGCGACAAAGUCUAUUUAUUCCCGUCUCUUCAAAUGUCUUGGCUAGGAAUACGACAUGAAGAGGCUCUUAUAACAACCUUGCUCGGAAUGGCUCGGAAUCUGGGCCUUCAAAUCCACAUGUCAACAGCCUACUUCAAUCUGGCUCCUGUGAUCCAACGAUACUUUUCGGGGGAGUAUUUUUCUUCGCCAGACCCCAUGAAGGCUACAAAGACACAGGCCCCCUUGUCACCCACAAAUGCAGAUGCCAAAGCAAGACCCAUACCCCAUUUGUCUUCCAUAAUCACUGCUGCUCCAUCUUGCUCGGGCUUCUUUAAUGCGCAAUGGCCAAAAAGCUUGAUCCCAGAUAUUUAUGAAAAUCUCUAUGAACAGUUUGCCUCCAAUUUAAAAGAGAAGGACAUUUCAAAUUUUGAGCUUCUCCAGUACCAAAGGCCGGGAUGGACAUACCAUGCAAAGGGCAUAUUCCUCGCACAUAAUGGCUCUGUGUUCCUCACCCAAAUUGGCUCUUCCAAUUAUGGUAUCUUGCUUCGAGUUAACCCUAUUAGGAGAAAGGUCUUUCGAUAG